GAUCCCCCUGCGGCGCCUCUAGUCCGGACCGCAGGCCGGGCUCUGGCGCUCGAGGCGGGGCGCCCCUCGCCCUUCUUUGUGGACUCGACUCGUUUUCAACCCGCCCUCCUCGCCUCUCCAGAGGAGUUCUGCCCCUCACCCUUCCUACUGACAACUUGUCCUUUUGCUAGAGGAAAUCCAGGGGGAGUCCUAGGGAAACCCUAAAGUGCCCAGAGCUCUUGCCGUUUGUCAGACAUCUUUCUCGUACCAGCCCCCCGUAGUUCUCUCGUCUUGCUUUCCCCUUCUCCCACCCAGACUCUGUUUUUUUCCUGUUCAGAACCCAGCAGUGAUGUGGAGGUGGAGACCCACAGGAGCCCCGGACUUCACCUGAGCUACCUCAGGCGUCCUGGAGCCUAGAGACCUGACGCGUCACAGAGUUCUCACCUGAAAUCCCUUGGAAGAGGCUUAAGGAAAGUUUUGGCACCGAUGUUCCAUUACCCAGAGACCUAGUAGCUCACCGCCUCGCUAUGGCCGCGGUUCCCAGGCUCUCUUUAGCUGCUUCACUUCCAUGACUAUGAUAAGUCACCAAGGGUGGCAAGAAAAGGAAGAAAGCCCUGAGUUGGGGGGGACCAGGAUGCCUGACCGGGACAGCUAUGCCAACGGCACUGGGAGCAGCGGCGGAGGCCCUGGAGGUGGUGGCAACGAGGAGGCCAGUGGGGCAGGGGCAGGCAGUGGCGGGGCCAGCUCGGAUGCCAUCUGUAGAGACUUCCUGAGGAACGUGUGCAAAAGAGGCAAGCGUUGCCGCUACCGUCAUCCAGACAUGAGUGAGGUGUCCAACUUGGGGGUGAGCAAAAACGAGUUCAUCUUCUGCCAUGACUUCCAGAACAAGGAGUGUAGUCGCCCGAACUGCCGAUUUAUCCAUGGCUCCAAGGAAGAUGAGGAUGGAUAUAAGAAGACAGGAGAGCUUCCCCCUCGGCUGCGGCAGAAAGUGGCAGCCGGCCUGGGCCUUUCACCAGCUGACCUACCAAAUGGCAAGGAGGAAGUCCCGAUCUGCCGCGACUUUCUCAAGGGUGACUGCCAGAGAGGCGCCAAGUGCAAGUUCCGUCACCUGCAGCGGGAUUUUGAGUUUGAUGCCCGUGGCGGAGGAGGUGCUGGCGGUGGGGGCUCCGCCGGCCCAGUCCCCCCAGGACGACGUCAUGAUCUCUAUGACAUCUAUGACCUCCCUGACAGGGGCUUUGAGGACCAUGAGCCAGGCCCCAAGCGCCGGCGAGGUGGGUGCUGCCCCCCCGAUGGCCCCCAUUAUGAAUCCUACGAUUAUAGCCUGGCCCCACCACGCGGAGUGGAGUGCAGACUGCUGGAGGAGGAGAAUGCCAUGCUCAGGAAGCGAGUAGAGGAGCUGAAGAAGCAGGUCAGCAACCUGUUGGCCACUAACGAGGUACUGCUGGAACAAAACGCCCAGUUCCGCAAUCAGGCCAAGGUCAUGACCCUGAGCUCUACUGCACCAGCGACUGAGCAGACUCUGGCCCCCACCGUGGGCACUGUUGCCACUUUUAACCAUGGCAUUGCCCAGACUCACACUACACUCAGCAGCCAGGCUCUCCAGCCUCGCCCCGUGUCCCAGCAAGAACUGGUGGCUCCCGCUGGGGCUCCAGCCGCUCCCCCAACUAAUGCUGCACCUCCCGCUGCUCCACCCCCCCCACCCCCACAUUUGAACCCAGAGAUCACGCCACUCUCAGCUGCUCUGGCUCAAACAAUCGCCCAGGGAAUGGCACCCCCACCUGUCUCCAUGGCUCCUGUGGCUGUGUCGGUGGCUCCUGUGGCCCCUGUGGCUGUUUCGAUGGCCCAGCCCUUGGCAGGAAUCACAAUGAGCCACACCACCACUCCCAUGGUGACUUACCCCAUCGCGUCCCAGAGCAUGCGUAUCACAGCCAUGCCACACUGAUGGGGACUCAUGGACACUCCUCUGGUAUAGCCUCCCAGGGCUGGGGUCGAGGGCCCUUACCCACUUGCCUAGCCCUCCCAGGCCCUGUCUGAAGGGCUCACGCAAGAACUAGGACAAGAGACUAUGAGGAGUUUGCUUCUGAGAAGGGGUUGAGCAAUGUGGUUUCUCUCACCUCCCCUUGUGAGGGUCCUCUUGUCCAUCUUCCGUCAAGCCUCAGAGAAGGGGCUUGCUAGGAGUGCAGACUGAAGCCAGCACAGAGGAAGGACUGACUGAGGGGAAGCUGGGGACAUCCCUGUCCUUGUCCCUCAUGCACAGCACAGGUUUCAGCACUGGCUUUGGAAGAAAAAGAUACCCUGCCCAAGGGGAAAGCCAGGCAAGAUUGGGAAGUGGGCGGCAAGGAGAGAAGGCCUAACAGGAGCCUUCAGGCAAUUUGGGGCCUAGUUGAGUUGUACAAUACAGGAACUCUUCCUGGUCCUUGGAAGGCGGGGACCAUAAUACUCCAGCCCAGAGACUAGGGAGGAUUCAUUACCUUGGCUUGGCCUGGAAGUCCAUAGGGCAGGGCCCACAACUUUCCAAAGAAAUAAAAAAAAAAUUAUUUUUAA